CGCAAGCGCGAGUCCUGAGCUCGGAUCCCCGCUGCAGUGAUCGGCUCACGCGGCCUUCACCUCCCCGUAGCCCCAGCCAACCCGCCCCUCCUCCUUUCCGGGACAGAGCAGCGGCGCGAGGACCAUGCUCUUCUAUUCCUUCUUCAAGUCACUUGUGGGAAAAGAUGUGGUCGUGGAACUCAAGAAUGACUUGAGCAUCUGUGGGACCCUGCACUCUGUGGACCAGUAUCUCAACAUCAAACUAACAGAUAUCAGUGUUACAGACCCAGAGAAAUAUCCUCACAUGCUGUCUGUGAAGAACUGUUUUAUCUGGGGCUCUGUGGUCAGAUAUGUGCAGCUGCCAGCAGACGAAGUUGAUACCCAGCUCCUCCAGGAUGCAGCUCGGAAGGAGGCUAUGCAGCAGAAACAGUGAUCCCUGCUACCACUUGUGUGACAUUUAACCCAACCCCCACCCCAGCUCAGAAUCCUGUUUUUUUUUUUUUAAAGUGAGGGGUUUUUUUUGGAGGGACAAGGGGAAUGACAGUAAAUGGUUGGGAAAAGUGAUAGUGUAGGAAAGUUAUCUCCUGUAGUGACAAGAAGGAUGGAUAUGGGAGAGGGGAAGAGGGCUGCACAAAGCAUUUGUCUUAUCCUCUUCCCAAACUCCUCAUUCCUUUCUCCUUGCUGGAAAGGUGAAAAGUAGAUGGAAGGUAAUGGGACUGUCUCCCCAGGGUAGAGAUGUAUCUCAAAUUGGGGAGUAAAAAGAACCUGUCCCGCAUCGGGAAUAAAAUUUCAACCUUGGA